AUGGGAUUUCUGUGAAGCUGCUCCGCCAAUUUUUGACUGCAGCUGCUGUCAACAGUUACAUUGUGACUUAACUGGAACCUGAAGCCUGUAUGUUAACAAGUGGAAAAUCUGGAAGCAACAAAGCAGGGAUACUGAAAACUGAAAAACUCGGUGGUCCACUGUUAUGUCGUUUCCCUUAACUGCGCUAGGAAGCAUCUCCGCCCUCACCACCUAACGCUGAUAACUCAACUUCUCCCGACCUCUCUCUCUCUCAUUCUCCUCCUUUCUCUUCUUCUCCUACGCUCCUCGGUAACCUCUCCUCGUUGUUCACAUAUCACAUUCGAUGCCCUUUACCUCGUCUGGCAACAAAUCAGAGCCGAAUCACUGUUCCCACGCAGAAGUUUUGAGAUCCUCCCAAAAGCGCUAGUCGGCCUCCUACCGCCCAUCGCCAGAAGCUCUCCGGUGUGAUCCACCCCAUUUCUGGUCUAACCGCUGGAUCCGGUUGCCAUCCUAUCCUGAAUUUCUACAUUGCAGAUGCGAUAUAGAUCUAAACGUUGUUGGGCUACGGUUGUCACUGGGUCUUUGUCUGAGGUAAUGCGGUCUUGAGAAAAGGAAAAGAAACUGGAUUUUGGCUGUCAUCCGGGGAUCGAAGUUCCUUGUAGAUAUUUUACCAUCUGAAAUAUGAGUUCCACAGACACUGGUCUUUCUCAAGGCUUAUCUAAAAAGACUGAUCUCUUAGGCCUGAAAAUAUGGGUCAUUGUUGGUAUAUGUGUUGGAGCUCUAAUGCUUUGUAUUCUACUCAUGCUGAUUAUAUGUCUUACUUAUCGGAGCCGGAAAAAGCUGAGAAGGGAUUCCUCUAAUUCACCGCUGACACAAAUCCCAGUUGUGUCUAAAGAAAUCAAGGAGGUGAAGGUGAAGCAACUUCCUUCCCUUGGCUUUAUAGGAAAUGAUCAGGUUAUGCUCACGAUUCAAAAUAAUUCCAAUGGAAGAGAAUCAAACAAGGCCAUGAAUCAUCCAGGCAUAAUUUAUUCAAAAAAUGCAGAAUGCAAGAGUUAUUCAGACUCUUUUCACAAUCUUGAAAAAGAUGCUAGUUCCCAUUCUGGUGAUGAUUCGGGCCCCUUUGCUGCUUAUAAACCGUCUGCCAAUUCUAUAGCUGCUCCUUCUCCUCUUCUAGGCCUUCCAGAAUUCUCACACCUUGGAUGGGGUCAUUGGUUUACUUUAAGGGACUUGGAACUUGCAACAAAUCGUUUUUCAAAAGAUAAUGUCCUAGGAGAGGGAGGUUAUGGAAUUGUAUAUCGUGGCCAAUUGAUUAAUGGAACUCCAGUAGCUGUCAAAAAACUUCUUAACAACCUAGGGCAGGCGGAAAAAGAGUUCAGGGUGGAAGUGGAGGCAAUUGGUCAUGUCCGCCACAAAAACCUAGUUCGGCUUUUGGGUUAUUGUGUGGAGGGUACACAGAGGAUGCUUGUUUAUGAAUAUGUUAAUAAUGGAAACCUUGAGCAAUGGCUUCAUGGAGUAUUGCGUCAAAGGGCACCCCUGACUUGGGAGGCUCGUAUCAAGAUUCUCCUUGGCACUGCUAAAGCCCUGGCUUAUCUUCAUGAAGCAAUUGAGCCAAAGGUAGUUCAUAGGGAUAUCAAAUCCAGCAAUAUAUUAAUUGAUGUUGAAUUUAAUGCCAAGGUGUCAGAUUUUGGCUUAGCAAAGCUGUUAGGUGCUGGGAAAAGCCAUAUUACUACUCGAGUUAUGGGAACCUUUGGUUAUGUAGCACCAGAAUAUGCUAACACUGGACUUCUUAACGAGAAGAGUGACAUCUAUAGUUUUGGAGUUGUUCUAUUGGAAGCCAUAACUGGGAGGGAUCCCGUUGAUUAUGGUCGUCCUACAAAUGAGGUUAAUUUGGUGGACUGGCUUAAAAUGAUGGUUGGUAGCAGGAGAUCAGAAGAGGUGGUGGAUCCAACUAUACUGGAAAAGCCAUCCACUAGGGCACUGAAGAGAGCCCUUCUAACAGCUUUAAGAUGUGUUGACCCUGAUUCAGAGAAGAGACCUAGGAUGGGGCAGGUUGCUCGAAUGCUAGAUUCAGAUGAUCCAAUAUCACGUGAGGACAGGAGGCUUAGAAGGAACCGGGCUGGAAGCAGUGAAAUCGAUUCCUUGAGAGAGAACUCCGAUACGGACAAAAGUGACAACCCAGAUUCUAAGCCGAAUGCCACGUGCAGCAGCAGUUCGAGUAAAUAGGAUGUUGGCUUUUGAGGAGAGAGAGGGAUUCAUCUAUUGCUCGGUUAUUCUUUGAGCCUUGCUGCAGCAUUGUGUAUGGUUGGCCACAAAGUUCAAUUACUAGUGAUUUCUACACAAAGGCAGGGGUUAUAGUCAAAUCUAUGUAUUUUUAUUUCUCUUCUUCGGUCUUGUUUAUUGUCAUUUAUAAUGCAGAUUAGGAUUAUUUAUUAUGUAUGAAUACAGAUUUUAUAGCACCCAAAACACAUUGUACAGGGUAAAGUUUAAAGGAUUGAGACGGUGUUUGCUAAAUAAGAUUUGUGUUGUCAUGGGAACUUGAAGUCGGUGCCCUGG